AUGCCUCUCUUUGAUAUACAGAAAAGGCUGGGCCUUAAUUUAGAUCGCAGGUUGACGAUCCAAAGUGCUGAACAACCCUACAGGAAUCCUGCUCGAUGCCACGCUUUUGAAAAAGGAUGGAUAGAAUGUGCACAUGGAAUUGGUACUAUCCGGGCACAGAAAGAGUGCAAGAUAGAAUUUCAUGAUUUCACAGAAUGUAUAACUCGGGUGAAAACAAUUCAACGCUUGAAAGCCAUCCAGAAACAGCAGGAUAAGCUAAUAAAGGAAGGGAAAUAUACCCCUCCACCCCACCUCUUGGGCCAGGAGGAGCCUAGACCCUGA